CUACUUCCAUUUCCAGGUCCUCUAACAGAUCCAGGAGUCCCUUUCCACCGUCCCCCUUUUGAUGCUGUCUCCGCCCCCUGCCCCGCCCUCGGGUAGGGUUCUGGGGCUGAGGUGGGGGAGCAAGAUGCGAGUUUGCGGCUGCCGCUACUGCUGCCGUUACUGCUUCUGCUGCCUAGGCUUGCUUUCCAAUCAGUCCUGCUGCUGAGGCCUGGAGCGCCGCCAUCGGGGAACUGGGGACGCCCUGUGAACCCACCCCUAUUUCCCUGGGUGGGAGGGAUAGAGAGCGCCGAGGUGGACCGCGCGGGGAACCCUCUGCUGACAGGGGGACAGUGAGGGAGGAGAAUAUGAGAGCCUGAGCCAUCCAUCACUGCCGGCAGCACGAUCAACAGGACAGGUUUGGGGGGUCUCAGGAAAGUGGGGUACAAGCAAUCGCUUGGGAACGUGGAAGGGGACCCUGGGGAGCGCAGAAUCUCGUGGAGGGGAAAUACAGGAGGCAGGUUGAUUUAGGGAGAACCAGGAAGAAAAUGGGGUGCAACACUUCGGGGUAGCUGGCUGGAGGUCAAAUAGCUCCAUAUUCCGGAAGACUGCAUCAAGACUCUCCAAAGACGUUUUGUGGGAUACCCAGAGUGAAAUUAAAGACUCAGUAUUUUGGGGUGACAGGAUGUAAGAAGGGAGCUUCCAUACCCACUGCACCUUGAUAACCCCUAAAUUGCUAGGGCUGGAAGGGCAUAUUUAGAAGCACCAAAGAAGUGAAGGUAAGGAUAAGUUGAAAGGAUACCUAGUCACCAGAAACUAGGGCCUGUAGGGUUUGGGGGGGCGGGUAGAGGGUGUUGACUUGGUGAAAAGGGGAGGCGUAAGCCAAGUUUAUAGUUGAUUUGGAAAGCUCAGAACCCUGUCAUAUGGAACCUCCCAGAAGUUCUGGGCUAUAGGUUUUGAGUGAUGGGAAGAGGUAGAAGGUGCAUUCCAAUUUGGAGACUAAAGGGUGGCAAAGAGGACCCCAGCUCCCGUUAACCUCCUCACAGCUGCUGCACCAAGUGUUGCUGUGAAUGGGUGAUUUGGAGAUGUUGUAGCCCUUGUUUCCUUCUCACCCUUUCUAGAUUUCUUGAGCUGACAGGGUGGAGUUGUGAGAUUAAUUUCCGUCAACACCCAUAGCGAGUUAGGGUCUACAAAAUCUGGGCAGGGGAGAUUAUAUGGAGAGGUGCAGAAAAACGGGGUCCUUGGACUUACAUCGAUUUAGGGUCAGGGCAGUGAAGGAAAGGAGAGAAAAUUUGGGGCUAAGAGGAAGGAGAACCCAGGAAUUGGCGGCAAGAGCUGGGCAAUCACAAAGCUUGAACUGAGUAAGAGUUCAAGGAUUCCCAUCAAGUUUAGGGGUGACAGGGGAAGAGGGCGGUUAAAGGGACCCCUUUGAGGUAGACUUAGGAGGGCUUACCGGGUUACUACUUGACGGCAAGGAAUCCAGGAACGCAAAGAGGAGUAUCGGGGAUAAAUUUGGAGGUACCACCUUGUUUGAGAGAGGAGAUUGGAGGGUGCCUUCCUGGAAGAAGGGAAGGAUUUAACGUUCAUCCUAGAACUAGCUGCCAGUUUGGAGUGUUUUUCAAUUGAGGAAGGGGAUUCUGGGAGUCAGGUUGAGACUGAGGUUUGUAUCCUAUUGAGGUACCUCCAUACAAUUUGGGCUGUAUACCUCCAUUGUGAAAGUGGCGGAGUUAGGGGACAUCGUAGGGAGAUUCGACUGUCCCCUAAAAGGAGGGAAGGUGGUUGGAGAUGGCGGCGCUGGCCAGCAGCCUGAUCAGGCAGAAGAGAGAGGUACGAGAUCCUGGGACUAGCCGACCGGUGUCAGCCCAACGGCGAGUGUGCCCGAGGGGGACUAAGUCCUUGUGUCAGAAGCAGAUACUGAUUCUGCUCUCCAAGGUCCGUCUGUGUGGGGGGCGACGGGCUCGGCCGGACAGGGCCCCGGAACCCCAGCUCAAAGGCAUCAUCACAAAGCUUUUCUGCCGUCAGGGUUUCUAUCUCCAGGCCAAUCCAGAUGGGAGCAUCAAUGGGACACAAGAAGAUACCAGCUCCUUCACUCAGUUUAACCUGAUCCCUGUGGGUCUCCGAGUGGUCACUAUCCAGAGCACCAAGCUGGGGCACUAUGUAGCCAUGAAUGCUGAGGGGCUACUCUACAGCUCGCCACACUUUACAGCAGAGUGUCGCUUUAAGGAGUGCGUCUUUGAGAAUUACUACGUCCUCUACGCCUCUGCCCUUUAUCGCCAGCGUCGUUCAGGCAGAGCCUGGUAUUUGGGUUUGGACAAGGAGGGCCAUGUCAUGAAGGGAAAUAGAGUCAAGAAGACCAAAGCUGCUGCCCACUUUGUGCCUAAGCUCCUUGAAGUGGCUAUGUACCGGGAGCCUUCCCUGCACAAUGUACCUGAGACAUCUCCUGCAAAUGAGAAGCCUCCUCCAGCCUCUUUGCCUCCUGAAACAUAACCCUGUUGUCUGGGAGCAGCCCUCAAGUCUUCCAUCAAGACAGCCAUACAGAUCCCAGACUAAGCCAGUCAUUCUGGUCUCUCAUCUUUUUUCAUUCCUUCUUUGCCAUUCCCCUGCCACAAUCCCUGACUUAGAAUAUUUCUUUCUGAAGGGCAGCUAGGUGGCGCAGGAAAUAAAGCACCGGCCCUGGAUUCAGGAGGACCUGAGUUCAAAUUUGGCCUCAGACACUUGACACUUACUAGCUGUGUGACCCUGGGCAAGUCACCUA